AUGAAGCCCACACACUUUCUCUGUAUUCCACUGGUCACCCGAUUGUCGCGGCCUGGGCUGUCUGCGGAGUUGAGCGCUCUUAAGUCAUACAUUACUAGUGCGGACAAUAUCAGCAUCCCCGCGUCCGCUGUGCGUCCCCUCAGCACUAUCCACCUCACUUUGGGAGUCAUGAGCCUUCCCGAGCCCAAAGACGUUGAAGAGGCGACCCAGGUCCUUCAGAGCAUCAUUCCUCUACUUCCCCAAAGGCCCAUCAAGAUCUCGCUCCUUGGCCUAGGAACCUUUCCUGGCAUAGAUCCAGGACGUGCCGAAAUCCUCUUUGCGCACCCCAUGUGUCUCGACUACGACUUCGACGCGCUAUGCCAAAGAAUCCGGCAUGUGUUCGAGGAUGCUGGUAUCUUCGACAAGAGAGGCUUCAGCUUAUUCCUUCACGCCACCAUCUUAAACGCCAGGAAGACCGCCGACGGGGGGCUUAUUGACGCGACGGAGAUCCUAAGGAACUAUCGGGGACACGUAUGGAUGGAAAAUGUCCCCCUCGAGGAAAUCGGGAUUUGCCGGAUGGGUGCCAAGAAGAAGGGGGGUGAUGAUGAGGAAUAUCUGCUCGCAGCUUCCAUCCCACUCACGACUUCGGCUGAUAGAUGA